GCUUGGCCGGUUCGGGUCCAAAGAUCUGACCCCCAAAAACAAAUCGCCGCGAUCGCUCGGCUCGCGCCAUGCGGCGGCUUCGCCUGGCGGACAUGGUGUUAGCGGCCCCGCUGCUUCCCAAGGUCGUAGCAGCAGAUGACUACCUGAGCCACGAACUGACCAAAGAGGAACAGCAGACGGUGGCGCUGUUUCAGCGAUGCAGCAACGCCGUGGUUCACAUCAACACCUUCAUUAGCAGGGAGAAGGUCCUCCAUGGCUUCGGCCGAGAGUUGGAGGAGCAGGGCGAGGGCAGCGGCUUCCUGUGGGAUGACAACCACAUUGUGACCAACUACCACGUCAUUAUGGACGCGGACAAGGCCACGGUGACCUUUGCAGACCACUCCUCGCAUGAGGCGUUUCUGGUCGGAGUAGAGCCCGACUGCGAUUUGGCGGUGCUCCGGUGCAAGUCCCACCCGGACAUCGUUCCCCUGCAGCGGGGCUCCUCGAAUAUGCUCAUGGUCGGCCAAAAGGUCUUCGCCAUUGGGAACCCUUUCGGCCUGGACCAGACGUUGACCAACGGCAUCGUCAGCGGCCUGGGCCGGGAGAUGCGCUCGGUGUCGGGCAGGAUGAUGCGGAACUUGGUGCAGACGGACGCGGCCAUCAACCCGGGGAACUCCGGUGGCCCGCUGCUGGACGCCCGCGGCAGGCUGAUCGGUGUGAACACCAUGAUUGCCAGCCCCUCGGGCGCCUGGGCGGGAGUGGGCUUCGCCAUUCCGGUGGACACGGUGGCGCGGGUGGUGCAGCAGAUCAUCAAGUACGGCCACGCCAAGCGCGGCUUCCUGGGGCUGUUUUUGGCCCCUGACCAGCUGAGUCAGCAGCUGUCGCGGCACGCGCGCCGCCAGGAGAUGGAGGAGAUCCAGGGAGUGCUGAUCCUGAGGAUGGAGCCUGGUAGCCCGGCUGACAAGGCGGGCUUAAGGCCGUGUCGCCAGAGCCACGGCGGCAUCGUUUUGGGCGACGAGAUCUUGGAGCUGGACGGACACAAAGUGCACAGCGUCGAUGAGGUCAUGGACCUUGUGGAUGAGAAGCAGGUGGGGGACACCCUCCAGGUGACCUUUCGCCGGCGGGACCGCCACAGCGAGAUCCUGAAGACCACGAUCCAGCUGGCCGAGUGGAGGCAGCGUGUGCCGGUGAGAUACAAAUCCCGGCUCUGAUCCGCGCUCGAUGCGUGCGCUCCGUGCGCUGGGAGCGAGGCGUCCAGUUCCGACAGCGGCUUCUUGGCGGCUGGAACUGGGAAGCUUUCGCUGAACAGCACGCCCUAUAUAUUUGAAUAUUUUGAAUUCAGUCAUGCAAGCAGAUACAGGCAGGCAUGACGUAUCUGUGCGUUUUGCACUGCAAGGCCAAUUUAAAGCUGCCAGCCGGCCAGCCGGCUUUGUUUACCAGCCUCUGGAUGUGCGCAGGCAAAGCGCUGGCACCUGUGCAUCCAUACUGGCGCUGCCUGGUGUGUCAAAGGCUCGUGCAGUGCCCUGUACAGGAUUCAACGACUGAAUCGGCAGAGACUCGAUGGACGGCGAGAUGUCGAAGCCGAGAUGUCGAGGUUUGCUGAGCUGGAGUUGGAGGAGCGCUCCUUGUCUUCGGCAUUCGUGGAGCUGUCAAGAUCCAAUGUACUGCAACAUAUUUGUUGGAUGAGCUCAAGAUUGUACUUGUGAAUCCUUU